GUUGGCUUGAAAUGUAUAUCUCUGGCUGUCUAGCUACUCUCUGCUACCAUCUAGUGUCUGAACACCAACAUAUCAAGCACCGUUUUCUUUUCUUCAUGACAGACCAUUUAAAACGUUCCUCAAGCCUGUAAGUAAACAAUGCUUUGUACUAACAUGUCUAUAUUGUACAUUGUUUAUGAACAAACCUAGAGUUUACAACAUAGACAAGAAGGGAGUUUACAGCAUAGACAAGAGGGUAACCUAAAGAAGGGUAACCUUGUUCGUGACACUGGUGUUUUCAGAUCCCGAGGAACUGAAUAGGUGUAAGUUCUAUGAAGCCCAUCGCCAUAUAAUUGCUUUCGCUUAUCCAGUCUCUUCAGAACUGAAUGUGGAUUGCUGGGAGAAGAGACUAAUGGGGGCUAGGGUCAUUUUCAGCCUGGACAAGGCAAUGUCACAUUGUAAAGGUUACUUUAGGAUACCUGCAGUAUUUUUGCUUUAUGGCCCUGGGUGACUGGUUCUUAUGGACUCAGCUGGCCAACCCACUGUGCUGGCAACUGGCUCCUGUGAGUGCUGGUGGAUCGAGAGUGUAGGGUUCCUGCUGGUCUAUUGUUGCCAGUGUAAGCUGAUCUGCUGCCUGCUCCCUCCAUACAGGAAUGUGAGCCUGGCUCGCCUUUCAGCUGGUCAGACUGUUGGGAUACUCACAACAAGAAGUAGGAGGUGGAAAAGGGGGGAAUGGACUUGUGACACAACCGGCUCAGUGUGCGUGUGUGUGUGUGUGUGUGUGUGUGUGUGUGUGUGUGUGUGUGUGUGUGUGUGUGUGUGUGUGUGUGUGUGUGUGCGUGUGUGUGUGUGCGUGUGUGUGUGUGUGCGUGCGUGCGCACGUGUUAGCGCGUGCACAUUUACGCCUGUUUGCUCGCCGUGCAGUAUGUGUUGUUAGCACACACACACACGUGUUCUCAUGCACACCUGUGCCAAUGUGCGCUUGAUUGCAUACAUGCUCGGGCAGAGAAGCAGAGGGGCCAUCCCAUCGGAGCCGCUCUCCCCCUGGAGAACCCCAUUGUUCUCUGUGGCCUCUUCAAAAUGUAACACGCUCCAUUGACAGGCCUACGAGUGGGUGUUCACAUGGAAGGGCGGCCUGAAAUAUUAAAGGGCCUGAUGACCUGCUGCAGGCUCACAUUGUUUGCCCUUCAUUAGAGAGGAGAGCAGUUUCUGUGGAAGAGCAGAGCAGCAGGGGGAGAUGAAGGGAGGACGUACCCCCCAGCGGGCUGUGCUCGGGAUCCACGGGGACUAGGUAAUAAAGGUUCUCUCUCUACUAUCUGAUCCUAUAAUGUACAGCAGUAGUGCAGCAUUAGUUUGUCAUAGUGGGAAAGAGUAAAGGAAUACUACACUGGACAAGUCCUGGGAAGGUUGCUUUGAAAACAGAAGCCAUGGCAGGACUCCAGAGAACUACCAAGGACCUUCAGGGGGUUUGGAGGACAAACUAGAAGCCAUGGCAGGACUCCAGAGAACUACCAAGGACCUUCAGGGGGUUUGGAGGACAAACUAGAAGCCAUGGCAGGACUCCAGAGAACUACCAAGGACCUUCAGGGGGUUUGGAGGACAAACUAGAAGGAUGGACGGGGAGGAAGCCCCAGUUCCUGAUGCCCCAGACUUUCCUGCCCCAGAGGACCCAGCAGAGGCCCCUGACCUAGGGGCCCCAGAAGAUCCCCCAGUAGAGGGUGGUGUGGAGGCCGGAGGAGUUCAGCCAUCCAGAGACAGCCGUAAACUGGACUGUAUCAUCUGCUACUGUGCCUUCAACCUGACUGAGAGGCUGCCACGCAAACUCUACUGCAGCCACACCUUCUGCCAGGCCUGCCUGAGACGCCUCGACACCAUCCUCAAUGAACAGCAGAUGUGGAUCCCCUGUCCACAGUGUCGGCAGAACACCCCCCUCCCACGCGGGGGCGCUACAGCCCUGGACCUGGACCUAGUAGCCUUCUUGGGGGUCAAGGCAGAGAUGGAAAACCAGAGGUCUUGCUCACGGCAGGAAAGAAGAGAGCUAGGCACCCAGCCGGAGCACAAGCCCUCUUUUGGGAAGCAGUCCAUCAUAGAGCAGCCUCAGGCCACCUGGAACCAUGGUGGAUUGGCUGAGCCCCGCUUCCAUAGGAGCCCCUGCUGUAGGUGCUCAUUCUGCUGCUGGUGGUGCUGCUAGGUUGCUCAGGCAUGUAUGAAUGACAGGAGUUGGUUAAAGCAUCUGGCCAAGAAUUCCCAUUACAGUACCUCCUGCAGCUGAUUAUAGACACCUGGGCUUCCAAGGCUACAAAGUGGAAAAUACCUAACGCCUGUCUGCCUUGACAUGACCAGGACAGACACCAGGCCCUAGUUGUGUGUGUGAUUACACUGAGAAAAACAGUGGUCAGGAGACAAAGUUGUGCGGGGGACAACAUCAAGUCUAUCGUUUUACAAAGAUACUUUGAUUUGAAGACUCAUAGAAAAAUGUUUCAGAGCUCAAAAAGGGAUGCUUGAUAAGGACCUGUUUUGAGCUUGCCUACAACCCCCCAAAAUCCUCUGCUGCCUCUUUUCAAAUAGGCAACAGGACAUAUGGGCUAUUGGUACCUUGUGGGACAGUCAACUGUUUAAUCAUUAUAUGCACACC